AUGUUCCCAACACCUGCGACUGGCGACAUGUCGACGGCCUUCAGCGGCGGCCCUGAAGGUUCGCUUUGUCCUUGCGAGACGGGACUCGACAGUGGAGGCUUCGAUCCCGCCAUUAGUCCAUCAACCGAGCCGGAAUCUGCCAGCGAACUGCGCCGGCGUUUUGAAGAAGAGACGGCCAUGUACCGGCGCAAACUAAAAGCCUACCAGGAGGAUCAGCAGAAACAGGCCGAAAUAGUUCAGCGGCUGCAGAACAAAGUGAUUUCUUGCUACCUGCAAUAA